AUGUAUCUACGGCACGAUAAGGCGCAGCAAGGCACCCCAAAAGCACUGCACCCCUCGAAUUAUGAACUUAAGCUUUUCCGCCUCUUUUCUAAUUCUUGGAUUGAUUUAAGUUCCCCUUCAUUCCGAGAAUAUGAUAUCACGCUUACUGGGGCUGAUUUGGCUAUUUUCUCGCCACAAGAUGAUGAUGCGUCUCCAACAGUCAUUGCAAUAAACUAUGGAUCAACAACGGAAUUGAUGACAUUCACAGAGCCCACCGGUACUGCAACUAGUACACCUACCAGCUCAUCUGCAAAUACAAAUACAACACCCUCAACUUCAUCUACCCACAUCACUCGAAUAGUAAUUCUAGUAGUAACAGCCGUCGUAUGCAUACCCUGCGGACUACUUUUGCGAGGAUAUAGACGAAAUGGCUAUCUCUUUAGACCUCCAAAGAAACCGGAAAGAAAAGCAGUUAAUACACAUCCUGGGAUUGCAGAGUUGCCGCAAGGUGGAUAUCACGAGACAACGGAAUUGAUGGCGGAGGAUUCACCGGGGGAAAUGGGAUUGGGUGGUCAUCAUGAGACGGUUGAGAUGGAGGGUUCUCUUUUGCAGCCGAAAGAGAUGGCGGCGACGGGAUUGACGAAUAUGAAGUGGGGGACUACGAGCCCAGAGACCCAAGGGUUUGAGAGAAAAAGGGGAAGUAUGGAGAUUUCGCCUUGUUGA